AUGGCCUCCGGACUCAUUUUCGAUCCCCUUCGCCUGCUGGCGGUUGCCCCCUUGGCCACCAGCACUGGCAGUCUCGUCCACGCCCUUGUCGAACUCUUCUCCAACUCUGCCUUUGUCCAGCCAUCCGUCCGGAAAUCCUCCGACGCCGUUCUGCCCAAGUGGUACGCCUACGUCUUCAACCGCCAGAUCGUCUCCGUCCUCGCUCUCAAUUUGACCACCAUCUCGACUGGGCUAUCAAAUAUCCUCCUAAGCCGAUCGAAGCGUAUUCUUCCAGUCUCGCGGACGACGUUCUACUGGGCCGGUGUUGCCGGAGCUGUCACGCAUCUUGUUUUCGCCCCGCUAGUGGCGCCGCGGAUCCAGCGCAUGGUCGAGAAUACCAAUGAGAAUGGGGCGACGGUCGAGAUGGACGAGUGGCUGGGCUACCAUCGCAUCAGAAUGUUGGUUGCUGAUCUGCCCGCUUGGUUGGCCUUUGCAGCAGCUGUAAUGGUGGUUUAA